AUGUUUUUCGAAUUAGAAGAUAUCAAAAGAAGACACUCCCUCUAUUGGGAUAUUUACAACGUUCAAGGUUGGGUUAGAAGACCCGAUUCCACCUUAUACAACAAUGUCAAGAGAGGUGUUACUGCAGGUGUUGUUGCUUCCUUAGUUUAAGAAAAUAUCACUGCACUCGUUGAAAACUGCAAAUUACUUGCUACUAAAUAUGAAAAGCCUUAAAAUUUACGUCAAGCUGCAACUUUCAUGAAGGAAGUUUUCAAGCUUGAAAAUUACAGAAAGGCUGUUUGGAAUAGAUCUCAAUACGCCUUAUGCAUCGGUACUUUUGAUAUUGGUGCCAGAUUAGCUACUUUCAGAUGGCUUAACAAUGGUUGGUAGAGAGUCUUCGCCGGUUUCGAAUUUAACUUUGUUAGAAAAAUUCCUACCACUAUGCUCGCUGCUUUGUUCACUGCUCCUUUCUCUGUUCCAUUCGAACUUGCUCGUAUGGCCUACUACGGAGACAAGACUUUCCCCAAGGAACUCUAAAGAGGUUAUUCCAGCUACUUAUCUGCUUUAGCAAGAAUCCCCUUCGAAGAAGGUCCUUAUUUCUUAUUUAAAAAUUCCUUCCCCUUAAUCAUCAGAAACUUCUUCCAAACUUUCACUCUCUUUUACACAUAUGAUUUCCUUAAGGACAAGGCUUCCUUUGCUUGGAGAGUUGGUGAAUAAAACGAAUAUGCUUGCAAGAUGAUUAUUGCUGGUAUUAGUACCUACCUUGCUGCCGUCUUCUCUUACCCCUGGAUGGUUACUAGAGAAAUGGUUGAUUUCUGGCCCAAGGUUCCUGGUGCUCCUUGCACUUUUAAUGGUAAUUACAGAAAGGCUGCUGUCUGGAUCUGGUAUCAUGAAUUCUCUGGUAAUUACUUCGCUGGUUUCUUCACUAAAUACUUCUGGAAGGCCUCCCCUGGUAUGUUCUUAACUCUUAUGUUAGCUGAUAAGGUAGGUCUUUUCGAUCAAACUACUGUCGAUAACUUUGGUGGUGCUGGUAACAACUCUUGGGAAGAUACUUUCGUAUGA